CCUAUCACAUAUGCGUAGGGCUUAAUAAUGGCCUACAUGUAGGUUAGGAUUUUAUACUUUUAUUGUAACUUUAACUCUUCCAAUUGUUUCGUAUACGACGUGAGGUUAUAAAAGCAGCUUUAGAAGACCUUGUUGAAAUUUUCGAGAUAGGUUUCCCAACCAACUUCACUUACACCGUUAAGAGUCCAAAGCAAUUACAUACCUGACAAUUCUCACAGCUUUCCUGUCGAAAAUGGCACAGACUACAGACAAAUCUAAACCCAACUUCCCCUUAGCUGGUCUUGCUAACGAUGGCUGGUCGAAUGAAGACGAAGCAACAGCAACAUGCUUUUGCGGUGCGGUACAACUUGCAUUCCCGACCCAAGGCCCAGGCUACGUAGGGACAUUCGUAUGCAACUGUAAUGAUUGCCAUAAAAUCACAGCCUCUAUGUUCGCGACGAACUUCACCAUUGUGGACACGUACCUGAAGCAUCUACGUGGGCGCGACAACCUCACCAAGUUCGGCCCGCAGUCGCAUACUAUUGCUUCGGGAAAAGGGAUGGCCAACUACUUCUGCUCAACGUGCGGCACCCUCAUGUACCGCGUCGGAGAGGCCUUCCCAGGGAUGAGCAUCUUGCGCCUGGGUACUGUUGACGACUUCCAUCUCCACGAGACUAAGAUGCGUCCCACGGUGGAAUACUUCAUCGAGAGUCGCGUGGGGUGGCUGAAGGGUGUUGAAGGGAUCAGACAGGUCGAAGGGUUUCCAUCCCACUAAGAUGAACUUAUCGUUAUUGAAAUGUACUAGCAUAUCAUGUGGGAUAGAAGUUAUGUCAGCAAAGGAGGCAACUAAUACAUAUAUAUUGUAUAGAGUUAAUUGAAUUAAGUCUCUGUAGAA